AUGCCGCUCAAAAACGCUGUUGCGGCAACGAUCAUGAUCGUCGCCUAUGGCCAAGAGGGCGACGUGGAUUCCGCUAAGCUGGUUUUUGAUCGUGCCUUGCCCAAGAAUCUCGUCUGCUGGAACGCGAUGCUCACAGCAUAUGCCCAGAACGGGCAGUUUCAGGAAUCGAAGCUUCUCUUUGAUACCAUGCCCGAGAGAGAUGUGAUCUCUUGGACCGCAAUGUUACAAGCGUAUGCCCAAAACGAUAGUUUGAUAGAUGCCGAGAAUGUUUUCGCAAGAAUGCCCAGAUGGAAUGUAGUUACGUGGACUGCUAUGAUUCACGCAAAUGCUCAAGCCGGGCAUCUGGAAAAAGCGAGAGAGAUCUUCGACACGAUGCUAGAGAAGAAUCUAGUGUCGUGGAACACUCUCAUUGCGGGAUUUGCUCACAAUGGAUCGAUCGAGGAGGCGGAGAAGCUCUUUCUGGAGAUGCCCGAGCGGGAUCUCGUGUCUGUGAAUGCUCUGAUCUCCGCUCACAGCGAGCUUGGGAACGUUGAUCGAGCGCAAGCUAUCUUCGAUUCCACUCCCCUGGUGAGCACCGCGCUCUGGAACACGAUCCUGGUGGCCUACGGCGACAAUGAUCGCAUCGACAAGGCGAAGGCCAUCUUCGAUCGUGAGAUGAAGCAGCGGGAUCUCGUGUCGUGGAACUCGAUGAUCUCAGCAUUCUCGCUGAGCGGCGAUCACGACGAAGCCCAACGGCUGUUCGAUGCGAUGCCCGAGCGAGACGUGGUGUCUUGCAACUCGAUCCUCGCGAUCUACACGCAGCAGGGGGAUCUGGAUCGAGCGCAGCACCUGUUCGAUUCAAUGCCGCGCCACGACGCGAUCUCCUGGAACGCCAUGAUCGCGGGGCUCUCGCAGCACGGUGGGAAUCUCUCCCGUGCGGAGAAACUCUUCGGUGAGAUCCCCCAGCGCGACGUUGUCACCUGGAACGCGAUGAUCACGGGCUACGCCCAGCACGGCCGGCUAGAACACGCCAAGAAAAUAUUCGACGCCAUUCCACGCUGGAGCCUCGUCAGCUUCAACGCCAUGGUGGCAGCAUAUGCCCAGAACGGGCAUCUGGAAGAUGCUAAGAGCAUCUACGACCAGAUGCCCCGCCACAGCGCCGCCUCCGCCAACGCCCUCAUCGCCGCUUACGCCCAGCAGGGCUAUCUCUCCAGUGCCGAGUCGCUCUACGCCACGCUGGGUGGUAAUGGGGGUAGAGGCGGCGGAGGUAGCGGAGAAGAUAGCGGAGCUGCAGCGGAAGCGGAGGAAUCCACCACUGUAUCCCAGACCAACGGGCAUAUCCGCGAGGCGAGAGAUCUCUUCGAGAGGAUGCCCCAGCGCAGCGUUCUCUCCUGGAAUGCCCUAGUCACCGCCUACGCCCACUCGGGCCACCGCCGCGAGGCCGUGAUCGCAUUCCAGGCGAUGGAGCUGGAGGGAUUCAAGCCAGACGAGGCCGGAUUGAUGAGCGUCAUCACCGCGUGUGGCCACAUUGGAUUGCUCAGCUAUGGAUGCCGCUACUUCUCGCGGAUGGAGAGCGAUCGCGGUGUGGCGCCUCUGCGCGAGCACUACUGCCGGAUGAUCGAUGUGCUGGGGAAAAUUGGGCUGCUGGCGGAGGCGGAGGAGCUGAUCGAGAGCAUGCCUUACGAGCCCAAUCUUGUGGAGCUCGUGAGCUUGCUGGGCGCUUGCGAUGUGCACAGGGAUCGGGAGCGUGGCGCGAGGGUGGCGGAGCGCGUGGCGGGGAUCGAUCCUAGCAGCGCCGCGCCGUAUUUGAUCCUCGCGAAUCUUUCCAGCGAGAGGAAGAAGAAGAGACUAGCAAGAACCCUAAAAAAUUUUGGGUGGUUCCGGAAGGGUUUCUCGAUGGAGAUGGCGUGGUGCCCGCGAAUUUGA